UCAAUUUGUUUAUACCUUCUUCUAUAUCUAGUAAAAUAGUUUCUAUUUUUUUGUUGAAACUCAUAGAAUGAUAUCUUCUACUAAUAUUUUGUAUGGACUUUGAAGUUGUCAUCUUGUUUACCUGAAUAAACCGAGAGAUAGACAAGGAUGAAUUUAAGAAGGUGAUGACCUUGAUGCGAACACAUAACAGACAAGGGGCUCGCCACAGAGAUGGACUUCGUAUUGGACUAAAAGUUUCAGGUUCUGUAAAAGAUGGGGGUCUUCUAGAGUACUUCUUUGGAAAAGAUGGCAAGCAAUGCCUAGAACAUGGAAAAUUUGUCCAGUUUUUGAGAGACAUGCAUGAUGAAAUAUUGCGAUUGGAGUUUGCCCAUUAUGACUACAAGUCACAACGAACCAUAUCUGCUACAAAUUUUGCAUUGUUAAUGGUUGCAUCUGCUGACAUGCGACACGUAAACAAGUUUCUUGACCGUGUUGAAGAAUUAAACAAUGAACCAAAUCUCAAAGACAUACGCAUUACAUUCGAAGAAUUUAAGAAUUUGGCAGAGCUUCGUAAAAGGUUACGCCCCUUGUCGCUCACAAUCAUCAGUCAUGGGAAAGUGAAUGGGCUCUUGACAAAGCCCGAUUUCCAAAGAGCUUCAUAUCAUAGUUCGUAUGUUUGGUUGCAAGGUUUGUGGUAUCUCUCUCACGAGAAUGUGGUGAAUAUGAUAUUUUAUGUGUUCGACACUAAUCAUGAUGGGAGUUUGAGCUCGGAUGAGUUUUUAAGAGUAUUACAAAGACGAGAAAGGGAUGUCACACUACUGAGGGAGGCAGGAUUCAUGGGAUUAUUUUCUUGCUGGUUGGAGUGUACAAAUAAUUGCUCUUAUUCAAAGAUGCUACUUUAA